CAUGUUCUGCUGCCACACUACUGCUCAGCUUUUCUCUGCCUUUCUGCUUUUGCUAUCUGUGUUGUGACCGGCCCUGACGGGGUUUGAACUCUUUUUUUAGGACUUGCUGGAACUUUUGUUGAGCUCUGAUUUGGAGUUUUGGAUCGAACUGUUACGGACUGAGUUUGGACGUGUUGUAAUGAGCUCUGGAACUGAGCUGAAGAUAAUUUCCAUACUACAAUUUACAACCUAAGGUGGAGGAGUGAAACGGAAGCGCUGCAGCAGGGUGGUGAAGAAGAUGAAGAGCUCCAUCCUGGCCAGACCCUCCCCGAGACAAACCCUGCGACCUGUGAGAGAGAACAGGAGAAAAGCUUCAGCUGACGCCUGUAAAGCAAACAUCGACCUGAAGAGAUGGGGUCUCUCGAGGUCCAGCUGCAGCAGGUUACCAAGCAGGGGAAGCGGUUUUGGUCCAGGAGGAUCCAUCCCGUUCUCCUGGGAGCCGAAGCUGAAGGUGGAAACAAGGUAGACGAGCAGCAGGACGACCAGAGCCCCCAGCAGGGAGACAGAACUGGACGACUGGAGGAAAGCAUCAAACAUCCCCAUUGUUUUUAACCGUGUCCUCACCACUGGAGCACAGAGACUUUUAGAGAGAAAAGCAGAGACAGCAGGAAGCACCAUGGUUCGAUUCAAAUGGAUUUUAUUUCUCAUCAUGUUUCCAUUUACAGCAACAGUAAAUGGACGAGAUUUCUACAUCACUGUCAGAGCUGGAGGUGAAGUCACUUUGCCUUUUGAAAAUGUGAUAAAUGAUCAGGGAACAUGUGACAGAACGACCUGGAUGUCCAGUGAUUCAACACAUGUUGUAAUGCUUUUUGAACGUGGGCAGAUUCACAAAGACGCCAAAUCUAAAUCAGAAAGACUGAAUGUUACAGAGAACUGUUCUCUGGUUAUAAAGAAGGUCACAGUUCAGGAUGUUGGUCGUUACGACUGUCGACAGUUUGAUGAAUCAGGACGACAACAAGGUCCAGUCUCUGUGGUUCUUCUGUCUGUUGUUACCUUGACUGAACAUCAGGGCAGUGAUGAGGUGACGUUCAGCUGCUCUGUGUCCACAUAUGAUCAGUGUAGAUACACAGUGAAGUGGCUGUUUAGUGGUAAAGAUGUGAAUAAAUACAACAACCAAAUGAAGACAUCACAGUCUGACUGCAGGGCCGAUGUGAUCAUUCCAACUUCUCUUUUUAUUUCCACGUCAAUGAAUGAUGAGUUAUUGAAGUGUGAUGUGACUGAUGAAUUUACUGGAGAAGUGCAGCAGUUUCCCUUCAGCCGUCAGUCGUCAGGUGAGAAACCAGAUAAAAAAAAAUCAACAACAGUGAAAACCACAAAGACAUCUACAGCACUCAGAGACAAAGACGAAUCAGCAACAACUGAAUCAACAUCAACAACUGAGCCAACAUCAGUCCACCCAGCUGUGAUUGUACAGUUCUCCUCUGUCACUGUCAGAGAUGGAGGAGACGUCACUCUGUCUUGUGAAAAUCUGUUUGAUGAUCAGGAUGAAUGUAACAGUCCUGACUGGACCUUCAGACGUUCAACAAACACAGCAGAGCUGGUUAAACGUGGUCAGAUCGGUGAAGAAGCCAAAUCUAAAUCAGACAGACUGAGUGUUACAGAGAACUGUUCUCUGGUUAUAGAGAAGGUCAGAGGUGAGGAUGUUGGUCGUUACGACUGUCAACAGUUUGAUGAAUCAGGACGACAACAAGGUCCAGUCUCUGUGGUUCUUCUGUCUGUUGUUACCAUGACUGGACGUAAGGACGAUGAUAAGGUGACGUUGUCCUGCUCUGAGUCCACACAUGACCGGUGCAGACACACAGUGAAGUGGCUGUAUGAGAGUAAAACUGUGGACAAAGGAAACAAAGACAUAGAGACACAGUCACAGUCUGUCUGCUCAGCUACUGUCACGUUUCCUUCCUCUUAUCUCAAGAAGCCAAAGUAUGAUGAGCUAUUUAAGUGUGAAGUGACUGAUGGUUACAGCAAAGAAGUGAAGCUGUUCACCUUCAGCCCUCAGUCCUCAGGUGAGGACACAACGACAACAACAGCAGCAGCAACAACAACAACUGAAAACAGCAAAAAAUCAUCAACCACCAAUAUGACAUCGCCUGCUGUCAGUGAUUCUUCACCACAGAGUUGGUGGUUAUACGCUGGUGUGGCUGUGGGCUCAGCAGCACUCUUUAUAACUGCUGUGUUAGUCAUGAGAUGGAGGAGAACUAAAGGAAACAAAACACAGAUGGAUGAAAAUGUUGGGCAGAGAUUAAACCCCACGGAGACUCAGUCUGCUCCAGAAACCAGUCAGGACACGGCUGAUCCUGAAGAUGUUUCCUACGCCUCCGUCAGCUACACCAAGAAGACCAACAGUAAAGUCCAGACACAGGUCAGAGGUGAUGAUGAUGAUGAAGGUGACGCAGUGACCUACAGCACUGUGAAAAUUUCCUCCUCCUCUGCUGUGGCCUCCACCGAUCCCAGCAACAUCUACGCCACCGUCAACAAGCCGAACAAGUAAGAGACCACGGCACCUGAGAUCCACUUUACCCGCUGUGCACAUUCAGAGUGAAUGUCGGAGUCUUUACUCAUCUUCACCUGCCAGAUAAAUCCAAAACGGACAGAUCGCUAAAACUUCACCAAGCAGGAAAAUCCUAAAAUACCAGCAAACUCCAGCCCAUGUUAGAAGGUGACGACCGGAGGUAUGUUGCUGUUGAUGUGUCUGAUGUGUGUUGAUGUGUUGUUAAAAGCUUUUUGUCCAUCAGGGGGCGCAGUAGGUUAAAUACAACGUACAUGUGAAGUGAUCACUCAGCGGUUGUAUGACUUCCUGUGCUUAGAAUGUAAAGUUUAUGAUGCAUUUUGCUUUAUGAACUUGCCGUCAGGCUCUUUAUUGUGCUCAGUAAUGCACGUACAGACUAUGUUUGAUGUUAUUUUAUUUAUAUUUGUUUGUGUUUUACUUGUUGUUGCUUGAUUUGUUUUAAUUUGAAGGUGUUUCUGUACAGUUUUGUUGUUCUUGUUAUUAAUAUACAAAGUUGUGAAGUCUUC